CAAGCUACCGAGCUGUCAAAGUAUGGCGCAAUAACUAGCUAAGUGGUUAGCCACUAGCUAAGUUUUCAACAUCGUCAGCGCGUUACGUAGCUGCUGGUUAACUGAAAACCUUGCAUUCUUAGCUAGGUUUACACAUAUUUCAUAGUUUAUAUUUUACACUCCUUUAUACUCCUUAAACACAAUGAAUCUCAGAGUGAUGAGGCUGCAUCUUCCCCAGGGCCUCUGCAUAUCAUGUCACUGAUCCUGUUCGCCUUUGUAGCUCGGGUCAGGGAUGGACUCCCUCUCUCUGCCUCCACAGAUUUCGAACACAACAAAGAGCUGCAGGAGCGCAAACAGCAGCUGAAGAGCAUAUCUAAGGCCCUCGCCCUUUUCCCAGAGAGAGGGACAGUCAAGGGCCGCGAGCUUAACAUAUAUUUUAUCUCCUCAGAUGGUGUCUCCUAUAUGGCCGUUUGCUCCUGUAGACUCCCCACCGCCAUGGCCUUCUGUUUCCUGGAAGAUCUCAGAUGGGAGUUCACAGCAUGCUUUGACAGCACCACAGUCUCUUUGGCAUCCAGGCCAUAUCCAUUUUUGGAAUUUGACAGCAUCAUUCAGAAGGUGAAGCAGCACUACUGCCAGAGUGGCGGGCCCGCUCUGGGCAGCAGUUUAGCCGAAGUGCAGGAGGACCUGAGGACGAGACCUCCAACAGUCCUCAACCUGGAGGACAUGGAGCUGAGCAACGGGGCGGCCAACGGGCAUGUAGAGUCAGCGCCAGGAUCGGGCCAGAGUCAGAGACUAGAGCCGGUGACAGCUCCUGGAGUCCUCUCUCUGGUCCUCAACAUCAUGUGUGCAGCUCUUAACCUCAUUCGCGGGGUGCAUCUCAUUGAGUACUCUUUCCAGGAUGAUUAUGAGGGAAUAUGGAAUGUCAUUGCAUUUCUUUUGGCAUUUAUCUGCUGUCUCUUUCAGUGCUACAUGUACGUGUUCUACUCAUCGUUAAAGAAGCUGAAGUCCUUCACCCUACUGACCCUCAUUAUUCUAUGCAACAUCUUUCUCUUCGGCCUGCGGAACGUUUGGCAGCUGGUCUUCCACAUAGCAGUGGCGUCUUUCUCCACGUAUCUCAUCCUGUCCAGGAAAGCUAUGGAGAGGACAGCUGACUGUGGAGUCUAAGCCCACUGCAGGACUGGCCUCACCAAUCAGAAAGUUGAAUGUGGUAACAAAACACGUCAUUUACUCUAGUUUUAUCACUUGUAAUUUUUUUUUUUUAAUCACAUAACGUGCUUAUGUUUAUUUGUACUAUGUUUACAAAACACACUACACUGAUGUAGUUGUAGUAUGUUUUUUGUCUGAAAGGAAGGAAAUGUUGGUGCUUAGCAGUGUAUUGGAGUUUCCACAAUGCUCUGCAUAUAAGCCAACUGACUAAGCCAAAAUGAAAGCAAUAGGUAAAGAACUGACGGAUGUUCAUGGAAUUAUUGAAAUGUGUUUAAUGUCAGUGAUUUGGAGCAAAUGAAUGUUUUGCAUAUUAUUGCAUAAAUGUACUGUUCUAGAGUCUUACCUAUAACUAGGAUUUGACGACUCAACAAUUGAAACUGUAAAGAAAACUGAAGAAAACCCUAAUUUAUGAAUUAUACAAGUCAAAUACAAUAUGUUGAAACCAGUAAUAUCUAUCUAAAAUGAUUGCACUAAAGAGAGAGCUGCUUUGUGGCUAUUCUGGCUAUUCAGUCAUGUGGCUCUAUAGUGUACCUCAAAACUUGAGUAUUUAUUUUAACACAGUUUAUUUUUCUGUUAAAUUAACUGAACAUGUGAAGAAGAAAAAACUGAAAAAUAAAUAGUAAAAUCAAAAUUAAGGCAAAGCUACAAAGUGGGAAUUGAAUUGUGUCAUAGUAGAAAAGUGUCAGCUACCUUAUUUCUCAUCCAGUUCUGAGUAAUGCUGUAUUUCCACACUACAGACAGGGCUAUUCCCGCUCUUGCUGUUUCAGUUCAUUUAGAUGAAAACAGAUGCUUCGUACUGUUUAAAAACCUAAACAGACUGGCAACUGUUAGAAAAACGUCCCUGUAAAAUACCCUUAAAUAAAGUUAUUGUCCUACUUGCACAAAAGUACAAAAGCAGAUUUAGUGGUAAACAUAUGAAGGUAAUUCAGGAGAGGUUUUAGAAGCACAAACAUGUGAAACAGCUUGAGGCCGAUGUGAUGUGAUAUACUUACGUGUAUUGUAAUUUUCAGCUUUGAAAAAUCCACAGUAUGUAUACAUAUGUUCUUCAUUGUUUACUACCACUCUGCUAACAAAAAACGUCAUAUACUGUAAAUGCAUGGCACUAUGAGGUUGUGCUACCACCCAGAAUGUGCUGUAGGAUUCAGUCCUUUUCAAACACCCUGUAAUGCUAUGAUAUACUGUAAAGGAAAACAAAUUUUAAAAUGUAGGAAAUGUAUCCACAUAGUUUCUAGUAAGGAUGUAGAUAUUAUAUAUAGGUAUGUCAUAGACUUAUCCUACGCAUUUAGUAAAUGGUUGUUAAUGUUUUGGCUAAUUAGGUUCUUUUGUGUUAAUUAACAUUUUGCUCAGUUUUUUAGAUGUUUUGACAGCGACCAAAAACAUUUGAUGUUUACAGACUUUUUACAAACAAAAAUAAUUACAUUGUACCUAAUCAGAUUUGUCCCUAAUUAAAUAAUCAGUAACAAGAAAAUUGACGGCCCAUUGUAGAAAUAACUGGGAGAGAACAAUAAACAAAAAAGGUAAAUCAAUAACCAAUCUGCAGGUAAAAAGCCACAUCUCUGAAUAGAAGCAUAUACCUGUUAUUACAGAAAAUAACAUAUAAAGAAAUGGGGGGACUAUCUUGAAAAACCUAUAAAUAAUACAACAUAAUUUUUAAUCUUAAUUAGACACAAUGUAGCCAUAAUGUAGGUGAUGCGAUGCCAGGAUUGGAAAUCACUGAAGAAGACUUUUAAGUAUGUUUGGUAAUUGUGGUAAUGCCUUAUAACAGUAUUAGCGUUGAUAUCAAUGGUAACUUCUUAGAAAGGUUAUUUCAUAUGUGGGAUAGGAAUGUAUGUACAGUUAGGCUAAUUUCGAGUGUGUUCAAUUUUAAACCAGGUAGCUAUAAUCAAACAAAAACGUAA